ACCUGUUCAACGCACUCGUCAGUAAUGUUUCUUCCCGCCCUACUUUGUCCUGCCGGCUCUCGCUUUUCUCUAACCAGUGAAGAGUAACCAAAACGAGUGACGAUGGUGGUGCCUCAGUACGGCAUCAAGUUCGCCGUCCACAUCAUCACCAAUCACUUCGGCGAUCGAGUCGCUAAAGUAUGUGAAUGUCUUCUCCGUCGAGGGCCCCUAAACAGACCUAAUAUAAAGCGAUAUACCGAGCUCACUGAUGAACAAGUCAAGAACUCUUUGCUCGUCUUAAUUCAACAGAAUUGCGUUCAGGCUUUCAUCGUCGAACAAUUAGGUGGUUUUGGAGAUGAGCCGAGGCUGAAUACACAGUAUGUGGCAUUGUUCGAUAAUAUUCUUCAUCGCGUGAGGUUUGCCAAGUUUUUGACAAUUGCGUCCCAGGAAUUUGAUAAACAAUGUGUAGAGCUCCUUCAGGGGUUGCUUGAACAUGGUCGGCUCACACUGAAACAAAUGUUUGAAAGAGCUAAAUCAAGUGAGAAAGAGGGAACAUCUGUGGUUCUGGAUUCUGUUCGAGAAUCUCUUUCUAAACUUGCAACUGCUCAUUAUGUUGAGCGCUGCCCUGCCCCUGAACCACUUCUUAUGGCAGCAACAGAAGAAGAAACUCCUGCAAGGAAGCGAGGUUCUAAGUCCUCUAAGUUAGUUGAAGAACCAGAAACAAUUGAACAACGGGCUGUAGCAGCAGCAGCGCCUGUAGAGACAUUGAGAUUUUCAGUUAUAAGUACUGAUUCUGGUGUUCAUGGGGAAAACAAUGACAACAAUUUGACUAGCAUAACUGUUGGACAGAAGCGCAAACAUAAUGCUCUGGAGUCAGAUGAAUCCAGGACUGCAGAUGAACUAACAGUUCUCUACCGUGCCAAUUUUGAGGAAUUUAUUCGUCAUCUUAGGCAUAAGGCUUGCAUCGAAACUGUGAGAGCACGUCUAGACGAUGGAGCUGCCACUGUUCUAGGCGCAAUGUUGGAGGCAACUAGAAGUUCUGAGCAGAAAGUGAAAACAAGAUAUUCAGUUCCGUUGUCACUGGGUUCCAUUUAUGAAGAGGUAAUAAAGAGAGAAGCAGGUCGUAAUAUGACACUUGAUCAUGCCAAAGCUUCCCUGAAUCAGUUGGGUUAUCCACCACUUGUGAAAGAAUCCAAUGGUUCAUAUAGCAUUGAAUUUGAGAAAAUCAUUGAACUAGCUCAGAAUGAUGAGAUGGAAUCAGUUGUACUUAAAAAAUAUGGGAGGGAUGCUUAUAGAAUAUUCAGGUUACUGUCAAAGGCCAAUUGCCUACUUGAAACUGACAAGAUUUCAGAUAUCACCUUCGUUGAGAAGAAGGAUACACUAAAGAUUCUUCACAAGAUGUGGAAGGAUGAAUACUUAGAUAUGGAGAAAUUAUUUAUGUCUGGAGCUAGACAAUCUGUGUUCUUCUUGUGGAAGGUCAAUAAGACCACUCUGUCUCGGUAUGUCCUUGAUGAGAUGUUCCAUGCUGCCUUAAAUUUGAGUCUUCGAUUGGCUCAUGAGCUGGAUCAAGAAAAAGAGUUGUUAAACCUCCCGGCAGACAGGCGUACUGGACACCUGCUUGAUAGAUACAAUCGACUAAAAAAAGUCAGAAUACUCUUGGAGUCAUCACAGAUGAAGCUCGAUGAUGCUAUCAUGCUUUUCCAUUACUUUUGACAGCAACUUGUUGCUCACAAAUCGGUAUGAAAUAAAAUUCAUACUUGUUUUGGAAUGUCUAGAGAGAUGAACAUAGUGCCUUGUGGAAGCAUAGUGUAGUUUUUUAUAUAUGAGAAUAGACCAGGAGUUUACCAAAAUCCAAAAGGCUCUGCAGGAAAAAAUUAGAUGGUUUUAUUUUUGGAAAAUUCCACUAUUCAGGAGUCUAAAUUACAUGUCCUGUAUGAUAGAUAAUUCAUGUAAUAAUAAUGUGAUAUCACAUUAUUAAAUAUUAAUUUAUUUUUAAUUUAAAUUUAUCUAAUUAUAUGUUAA